UGGAAAAAGAAACUGAAAUGGAAAAACUCGAAUAGCUCAACAGAAAGUAGGGUCCUUAACCUGAAUAGUUUUAGGUGACCAAAGCUAGUUCUUAAUUUCAGGACUGAUUUCCAGCAACAAUCAGUUAAGUCAGCUCCCACACUGAUUUUUGAGUAUGUUUAUUGUUUGAAUGGGAGUGUGCACUUGAUAAUCUCCUUAGAUACUAAGCUGCUGCCCAAAUUGUUUAAAAUGCGCGGUGCUUGUUAUUUCUCUGUAUUUUGCUAAUAAGCUUUUGCCUUGUUCUGGGAAUUAAAAUCCUUUCACUAGCCCAAUUAAAUUUGUUAAGGGAGGGCCUCUAUGAAAAGGCCCUUCUCUGAGGUCUUUGAGUGGAAAUGAUUGGUUCUGAAAAUUCUUCUUCAUCGACUCUUAAAACAUUUUAUAAUCAUUGAACGCUCAUUAUGAGGGCUGUCUCAGCUUCCCUCCAAAAUGCUAAGGAAUAACUUAAACAACAAUUCAGACUCUAAAAAUGAAGAUGGCUCAGUCUUUUCACAGACUGAACACAAUAUUGUUGCAGCUUACUUGAUCACAGCAGGUAUGAUAAGUAUUCUCAGCAACAUAAUAGUUCUGGGCAUCUUCAUUAAGUACAAGGAACUUCGGACUCCCACAAAUGCAAUUAUCAUUAACCUGGCUGUUACUGACAUAGGGGUCAGUAGCAUUGGAUAUCCCAUGUCUGCAGCUUCAGAUCUAUAUGGAAGUUGGAAAUUUGGAUAUGCAGGAUGUCAGAUUUAUGCUGGGUUGAAUAUCUUUUUUGGAAUGGCAAGUAUUGGAUUACUCACUGUUGUGGCUAUGGAUCGAUACCUGACCAUCUGCAGUCCUAACCCAGGAAGAAGAAUGACCACCAACACUUACAUCAGCAUGAUUCUGGGGGCCUGGCUCAAUGGUCUCUUUUGGGCUUUGAUGCCUAUCAUAGGGUGGGCUAGUUAUGCCCCAGAUCCUACUGGGGCUACUUGUACCAUAAACUGGAGGAAAAAUGAUGCAUCUUUUGUUUCUUUCACAAUGACAGUUAUUGCGAUAAAUUUUAUUAUACCCUUGACAGUGAUGUUUUACUGUUAUUACCAUGUCACUCAAACCAUUAAAUGCCAUGAUACUAGUAACUGCACUGGAUACCUCAACAGAGAUUGGUCAAAUCAGGUAGAUGUGACAAAGAUGUCUGUGAUAAUGAUAUUUAUGUUUCUGGUGGCGUGGUCCCCUUAUUCCAUCGUGUGCUUAUGGGCUUCUUUUGGUGACCCAAAGAAGAUCCCUCCCUCAAUGGCCAUCAUAGCUCCACUAUUUGCAAAAUCUUCUACAUUCUACAAUCCCUGUAUUUAUGUGGUUGCUAAUAAAAAAUUUCGGAAGGCGAUGUUUGCCAUGUUCAAAUGUCAGAAUCACCAACCUAUGCCCAUGACAAGUAUUUUACCAAUGGAUGUAUCUCAAAACCCACUGACUUCUGGAAGAAAGUGAAAUAAGAGAAAAAGCACACAGUAUCAAAAUUUUUUUAUUUACUUUUUUCUCCAAUGGUUUAGUUUUAUUUUAAAUAUGAUCAUGUUUAGAUCAGAUACAUAGAUUAUUGUCCUAUUAGACCCUAAAUGCCUCAAGUGUUUCUCCUAUUUCUUCUAUUUGUGGGAUGGCUACUGUAGUGAAUGUUUCUUUAUGCCCUUUAUGUAAACUUAUGUCCAUCUCCUUUGAUGAAGCUAAGCACAUGAGAUUAAGGCCCAUUCUAUUUCUCCCAAUCAUGGCAUUCAUUACACUGUAUCAAUGACCAAGUAACUUGCCUGGGUCCUCCAUUAGACUAGAAGUAGCCAUUAUUUAAUAUUGAAAUAAAUUAAUAAUAAUAAAUAGUCUUCAGUAAGUAAAUUACAGAAAUGAGUUGUUGGAUGUUCCUAGAUGGAACUAGAUGGAAAACAUUUUUAGCAUUUCACUCUUAAAAUUUUAAUGCAAAUAUUAACAUACUAUUUAACAAAAAUAAUCAAAUGAAUAUUAAACACUUGCUUCUAAAUCACAUUAGUUGAUGCACAUAUUUACUUUAUAUAGCAAUAUAAUUUCUGUAUAUUAUUAUGUAUUCUGCAUUUUCAAUUAACAUUUUUCUGUAUAUAUAUUUCCAUAUAUUUGCCACUAGACUUAAUUUAAUCAGAGUGGGUUUUUUGUGUUUUGUUCUUUUGUUCCUAUUUUGUCUGAAAUUUACUUCAUGGUGGCAAGAACACAGCAUGCAAUCUACCCUUUCAACCAGUUUUUAAGUGUACAAUAUAGUAUUGGUAACUGUGACUACAGUAUUGCACAGCAGAUCUGUAGAACUUAUUGUCUUGCUUAACUGAAAUGGCUAUUGAUAGCUGUAUGCUUGCUCUUUGAUGUAUUCUUAGCACAUAACUGCAUGUUGCUUGGUACAUAGUAGGCACUCAAUAAAAAAACUGUUGAAUGUGGAAUGCA